CCACCGCGCACAGCGAGGUCUCAUAGGAAAACAUGGCGGCGGCUAAGCAGUCAAUGGAUGUGAACGCGAACAUCCCAGAAUAUGAAUACGCGGAUGUGAACACCAAACCAUUUCAUAUUGGCUCUUUUAGGAACGAGUGGCUGAAGAGGCUGAAGCCGAGCAGCUACUCCUACGCGCGGGAGGACGAGGACACGUUUGACGCUAACUUUGCCAAAGACAUGGGGGUUAGUGUGGAGAUGAUGGCUGACCUGAAAUCCGUCUGCAGUGCUGAUUCUCUCCGUUGCCAUCCUGAGGAUCAGCCGCCCGAUACAGACGUUGUACCGGAAGAUCCAACACUGAAAACACUAAUACAAAGAAAAAAGAAACAAGAUCACAAAGCUUCUCUAAAACUCACCAAGAACAGACACGAACUCUAUGCAGAUGAACUGGAGCGUUUAACUUUCGGCAGGGAACCAGAUGCAGUGACCGACUUGAUCCCUGAAGGUGAGGUCAUUCUAACCGUCAACGUCUACUACCCAGCGAUCAUUGACAAGUUUAGUUAUAUCAGACCCCACAUGACUCUGCUGAUGACGGGCUCCCACAGCCUGGCCGAGCUCAGGGAUGCCAUCUGCUGUGUCAGCGACUUGCAAGUGUGCGGCGAGUUCAGCAGCACCCCGGACAUGGCUCCGGACUUCAUCAGCAAAGAUCAUUUCAAGUCAGCUUUCUUUUUCUUCGAAGGAGUUUUCUAUAACGACAUGCGGUUCCCAGAGUGUCAGGAUAUCAGCAUGACUACCAUUGAAUGGGCGAAGGCCCGCAACUUCCCACCCUACAGCCAGAGUAAGAUGGAGGACACGCGAUUUGCCGAUCUGACAGUUAAAGUGGGCUUCCCGUACCUCUACUGCCACCAGGGAGACUGCGAACAUCUUGUCAUCAUCACAGAUGUCAGACUGGCCCAUAAGAAUGAUUGCCUGGACAAGAAGCUGUAUCCACUCCUCACACACAAGCACAGGGUCAUCACGAAGAAAUGCACCGUUUGCCAUGUCUUCAUCGGAAGAUGGCUCACCACCAAUGACCAGUUUGCUCCGAGUGACCCAUGUCUCUUCUGUGACAAGUGCUUCCGGAUGCUGCACUACGACGCCGAUGGCAACAAGCUGGGGGAUUUCCUGGCCUACCCCUAUGUGGACCCUGGUGCAUUUAACUAACCGAACUGCUCGGGUCACUCAUUUAAUGCUGUAUAAUACAGUUCAUAGUUUUAUAUUUCAGAAAGAAAUGCCUUGAUUUUUGUUAAUUUAUAAUUUCUAUUAGAAGAAAAACUGUUUUUUGGACAAUGUGUUGACUUUCUUGUUUGAAAUAAACAUUAACAUUAACUGGAAAGUGUA